AUGGCCCUAUUGGGGAAACAAUACUGGAGGUUGUUGGUUAAUGAUACGUCCUUGGUGAGUAAAGUUUUUAAAGCUAAAUACUAUGCCAACGAAACUCUUCUUUUAGCUGAAUUGGGUGACAAUCUGAGCUUCGUAUGGAGGAGUAUUCUUAAAGCAAAAGGUCUAAUUCAGGCUGAGGUAACCCGUACAAUAGGCACGGGUGAACAUACUUCAAUUUUAUGUGACCCUUGGCUUCCAUACAACACGAAUGGCUAUGUUAUUUCUUCACAUCCUGCACUUGUUAAUCAGAAUGAUUUAUGGAGUUUAAAAGUUCCCCCUAAAGUCAACAAUUUCUUAUGGAGGACGGCUUCAAGCUCGUUACCAACUUGUGCUCAAUUGGAAAAAAGACAUGUUCCAGUUAACCCAAUAUGCCCCUUGUGUCUCACUACAGCUGAAACUAUAUUUUAUGCGUUAUUUGGGUGUGUUCAUGCUCGUGCCUGCUGGAAUAGGACAAGUGUGGUUGUUGGCGGUAAUAUGGAUGAGGAUUUCAGCAAUUGGCUACUGGAGCUGCAAUACCGAGGAAAAGAAGGCGAGUUGGAGGAGGCGGCUAUGGUCAGGGCCAUUUGGCGUGCCAGAAAUGACUUUGUUUGCCAGCAAAAAAGUUGGACUGCUGCAAAUGUGGUUACAUCAGCAAGAAUGCUACUUGAUCAGUUCAAAUACACUCAAAAAAGAAAGGGUCUUUCUUUGUCUUCGUUGUUUGACGGAGGCCAUUUGGUUGAGCAUUGGAGUGCACCUUCUUCAGGAUAG